AUGGACCAGGACUCCCCGCCCAUCGCCCCGCACGCGAUCCGCGUCCUCAUCACCGGUUUUGGGCCCUUCCGCAACUUCAAUGAGAAUCCCUCGUGGCUCGCCGUCCGUCCCUUCCACAACGCCAUCCUCUACACCGAGGCCCAGCCCGUCAUCCACGACGAUGACGACGAGUUCGCCAUCAUCACCGACGAGAUGCAGGACGUCGAGAUGACCCCGCAGCCUAUACACAUCACCUGCGCGCAGAUCCCCAUGAACUUCCAAGGCGUUCUCGCCACCGUCCCUGGGCUGCAUGCUCGUCCGCCCAUCCUACCGCCGAUCGUCGACCCAACAAUGGUGAUGCCGCCCCCGCCAGAAAACGGCUACGACUUUAUGCUCCACGUCGCCCUCGCCGGGCGCGGCCCGCUUCGGUUCGAGAAGCUCGCACACAAGCAUGGGUAUGCGAUGAGGGACUGCGAGGGGCAGUAUGCGCCGGCUGUGCCCAAGGAGGGACCCACCGUCACCCCGGAGGCGUCCGAGAUUGAGAGGAUGGAACUCCAUCUGCAGGGCGUCAUGUCGUCUGCUGCGCCCGUCGAGGGCCAUGGCGAUGGUCCGGAGAUCCCGCCGAAUCGUGGAUUUAGCAAGGGCUACGAGAACUUCCCCGAGGAGAUCCACACCGAGAUCGACGUCGCACGGCUGGUCCUCUACAUGAAGGAGCUCGAGCUGGAGAACGAUCCGGAAGAUGCGAUGAAAAGAGUAUACACUUCGAUGGAUGCAGGCCACUACCUGUGCGACUACGCUUUCUAUUGCUCGCUUGCGGAGGCGAAGCGCUCCUCGUCCAAGCAGGAGAAGUCGAAGGACCGCGACAGCCCAGCACGGAGCACGCCCGUCCUCGCGAUGCACUGCCCACCAGUCGGCCAGCCGCUCUCCACGGAGCAGGUCACGGACGCGAUCAAGACGGUCGUGGUGCGGUUAUGCAGCCAACUGAACCAGUAG